UCGCCCAGGAGCGCCAUGGCGGAGCUGUACCCUGAGCUGGCCGACGAGCUGUCGUGCUCCAUCUGCCUGGAGCCCUUCAAGGAGCCGGUCACCACGCCGUGCGGCCACAACUUCUGCGGGUCGUGCCUGGGUGAGACGUGGGCCGUCCAGGGCGCGCCGUACCUGUGCCCGCAGUGUCGCGCCGUCUACCAGGCGCGCCCGCAGCUGCACAAGAACACGGUGCUGUGCGCUGUGGUGCAGCAGUUCCUGCAGGCCGAGCUGGCCCAGACGCCGCCCCCCGACGGCUGGACGGCGCCCGCCCGUGCCGACGCCCCCGCUCCGGACGCCCGGGUGGCCUGCGACCUCUGCCUGAAGGAGGCCGCCGUGAAGACGUGCCUCGUGUGCAUGGCCUCCUUCUGCCAGGAGCACCUGCAGCCGCACUUCGACAGCCCCGCCUUCCAGGACCACCCGUUGCAACCACCGGUUCGCAAUCUGCUGCACCGCAAAUGUCCCCAGCACAACCGGCUGCGGGAGUUCUUCUGCCCUGAGCACGGCGAGUGCAUCUGCCACAUCUGCCUGGUGGAGCACAAGGCCUGCUCGCCCGCGUCCCUGAGCCAGGCCAGCGCCGACCUGGAGAACAAGCUGAGGCAGAAACUAACUGUCAUGUACGGUCAGAUCAAUGGGGCGUCGAAAGCACUGGAAGAUGUGAGAGCCAGGCAACAGGAUGUGCGG